UGGAUGCCGAGUAAAUCACUUUUUACCCUAGCAACAGAAUUGUGCAGUUUCAAAGAUUUUAAGAUGCCGGAGGCAACACAAAUGAAGAUUGGGGAGAAUACCGUUGUAUUCAAUGAAACCAAAAAGGAAGCCUUUACUCUGCGUCAACAUUUCACAGAAAUUGCCAAGUACCUCAAAUCCUCUUGGAAAGUUGUUAUAAAUAAAGAUGACAUUACACAUGAACGUCUCAGCAUUUUCAAGUUGUUCGUUAUAUCUGGACCCACAGAAAAGUUUAGUGCUGCAGAGUUUAAUUCCAUUAAAAAAUAUCUUGAGACUGGUGGAUCUUUGCUUGUUCUUAUGGGUGAGAACGGUGAGACAAAAUAUACUACAAACAUAAACUUCUUAUUGGAGCAGUUCGGGGUCAUGGUUAACAGUGAUACUGUCCUACGAACGUCAUAUUUUAAAUAUUAUCAUCCUAAAGAAGCGUUAAUCCCGAAUGGAGUAAUAAAUAGAGGAAUAGCGGAAGCCUUGGGAAAGACGUCCAUAUCAGCUACGCAAAUGGAUGUUUCACACAAACAGGCGUUACAAUUCUUAUAUCCUUAUGGAGCUUCUCUCAAUGUUGCCAAACCCGCAGUUGCUCUACUGUCAACUGGAAGUGUUGCGUUUCCAAUUAAUAGACCCGUUUGUGCCGUUUACAAAUUCCCCUCACCUAACGGUGGGACUUUAGCUGUUGUUGGGAGCGCAGCCAUGUUCUCGGAUCCGUAUAUAAACAAAGAAGACAAUUUUAAAAUAUUUGAGUUUUUAUUUAAAUAUCUUACAGAAGAAUCAGUCACUCUAAACUCCAUAGAUUCUGAAGAACCAGAAAUUGAAACAUACUACCAAGUCCCUGAUAUUAUAAGCCUAUCGAGUAACCUAAUGUCUUGUUUACAAGAAAGUGAUGAACUUCCACAGAAUGUUAAAAAUUACUUUGACCAAGGUUUGUUUUGUAUGGACACGAGACUCGUACCGAAAGCUAUUCAGUAAGUUUUCAAGUCUAUAAAUUUAAACUUGCAGAACAUUUAUGUUGACAUCAUUUUAUGUUUGUUCAAUGAUCUUGCAAAUACUUAUAAAAAAAUGAAUUCUUAGAUUACACCAGUCUCGCGCACUGGGUGUGUUUCAACAUUAUGUAACCAAAAGAUGGGAAAAAGUGUGAUUUUACCAUGUUAAGCCGAUGAAAUGAAAUAAAUUUCCACAUAACAUCAGUCGUUUGGGCUAGCAGUAGUUAUAUUUUGAAACAAAAAACUUAUUUCCACAUAGAUGUUAUCUCUUAAUACAAAAGCUGUAUCUAUAAAAUUGGAUACCGUAAGUACAAUAAGUAGAGAUGACAUCCUUUUAUCUUUCUAAUAAUCAGUUAUUUUAAGUAAUUAUGGACAUUCUCAGUCUUUUUUCAUUUUUAAAGGGCUUAUGAAAAACUCCGUGUGAAGCACGAACCCUUAAGUUUAAUUUCACCGCAGUUUGAAACUCCUUUACCUCCAGUGCAACCUGCAGUAAGUCAUACAUCUUUAAAAUACCACUUUAUAUUUUGUUCUGUGGGUGGAGAAAUUCGGUUUAUGAUAUUUGUAUACAUAUCUGAAUCCCAAUUUAAGACAAAGCAUUUUAACCUAUCUGAUGUCUAACUUCAGUAAGAUCUGUUUAAAAUGAUCUUUGAAGAAACUUAUAUUCAUAAUUUUAUCGAUAAAGUAAAAAUAUACAACUAGCAAUAACUACCCUUGAUUCUAAUAUAAAAUAAAGGUUUACCAAACUACUGAUUGUUAGCUUGAUAUACUUAAAAGCCAUGAACUCGCUGAGAAAAUUCUACGAGAUUUCAAAUAUCACCGAUGGUCUUGGUAUUAUUGCAAAGCUACUACAAUACAAUCCAAAAGCUAUGGUUCUUCGAUUACUAUGGAUUUGUUAUUUGAAUUCUAAAACUUACUUUUCAUACGAUCAAGUGUUUAGAACUGUUGAUUAACUGUUGAUUAACUUUCUCUUCCUUAGUAGUUAUGCUUGAAAAUGCAGGUCUUUUUUAAUUCAUACAAAUAAAUAGAAAUAUUUAGAACUAACAAAAUAUCCUAGUAAGAAUAAAUACGAGGAAGAUAGUCAAAAUUAAGUGAAUGUUGGUACAAUUCAACUACUGAAUUUAACUAAACGAGCUCUACAAUAAAGUAAUGACUACAGGACCAGAUGAUUUAAGGUUUAGUUCUACAAAAUACGUAAUGUUUAUGUUGUCAAGUGUAGUUUGCGAACAUAACAACCAUUUAGUAUCCCCCUAGCUUUUAAUGGAUUUUGUUUAGUCAGCUUAUUAAAUGAAAUCAAGUUACAAAACAAAUUUUUCAGAUAUUCGCCAAAAAAAUUUCUUCUAUACACACAAAUAUUAGUCAAAUAGCUCCGUAGAAUUUAUUACUCUGAGUAAACAUUCUUGAGUUUAAUAGUGUUCAAGUAUUUUUCAGUGAUCAGCAAUCUAGUAGUCUUUUUUAUGAUGACUUAAAGUUUACCAUUUUAUUUCAUAUAUUUCUAUGAUUUAACGGACAACUGCACUUAUACAGAAAACCCUAUGAGGCUUAAAACGUAUCGGUCAAUCACAUGCAAUGUUUAGAGGUCACUCUUGGUAGUAAUAAUUCACUACUUGUUGAUAUUUUUGCCUAAAAAUGCCAUUUUAGCGUUUUGUUUCACUAAAUCUAAAUAUAGUUGUUAUUUCAAAAAUUUGAUGACAAAAGCCCUAUAAUUUUAAAGGUGCCGACAACAAACUUUGUUUCCAUUUAAGUCAUUCAGUAGAAUAUGUUUAAACGUUCUUAGAAGAACGUGUUUUUGUAGUUUACAUCACAAAAUUACCUAGUUUAAUCAGCUGUUGAGAACCAGACAGUACUGGAUAGUUGUUUCAUCUCAGUAUGAGGCUGUUCACAUAGACAGAAUACAACCUUAAUCUUUGUUUGGUGUCUAGGAAGUAGUGCGGACGUGCUUCAUGGAAUAAUGUGGGUGGUCCAUAGGAACGGGAAUAAUCCUCCAUUCUGCCGUAUAGUUGGAUUACGGAAGAGCUUAUUAAACAAUUUAGUGAUAUUAUUGACGUGCCAUGUCAAGGCGGAACGGUGGACUGUAGUUGUGCUUUUGUGUAAAUCAUGAAGUAUUUGAGUCUUUGAUCUGUGCACUGCAUAUAAGUAGAUAACAUGUCCUUACGGUAAUAGGGAUCUAUACCUAUAUGUGCACUUCGUGUAUGCACAUAACGCUUACUAGCUAAUUCUUUCCUUUUCAAAAGUCUUUACACUCUUUGUAUCUAAAACGUGGAUAGAUAUAGCGUGCAUAUUCUUUUAGGUAUCCAGGUUUGCAAGGCACAUUAGGCGCAAUGCCAGAACGAUGACUAUAAGCCGUAACUUACAAAUUGAGGUACGAGGGUCAACAUGAUAUAUAUUUGUGGCAUGUUGUCAACAGAUAACUCUGUCAUGUUAGGGAGAUGCAAGCAUUUGAGCAGAAUGUCAAAAUGAGGAUCCCUAGAUUAUAACCCUAAUUGGAGUGGUCGAUUGGAGGUAUCGACUGUUAUUAAUUUCCCUUGAACUACUGAACUCUAGUCUCGUAACAGUUUUUACUACAUUUAUGCCACUGUGCGUACUAUGGAGUUUUACAGGUCUUUGAGUUGUGUAUUUCAUACAUUCAUGCAACAUAAACUUGGAAAACUGUUGUGGUCUGAGAAAUUAACAUUUCGAGAUAACACAAAACAUUUUUUAAUGCUUCUGAUGGCUAACUGCCCAAACCACUUUGAGAUCAUAGAGACUUACUAGUAAAUGGUCUCAUACUAAAAUGAUCCGAUUUCCAGUUGUUGCUGGUUUUCAGUCUUUAUAUAACUAACUUCAGCCCAUAAUACUAACUAUAAAACUCAACAAUAUCCAUAAAUCUCCUGAAAGAAAAUUAUUCUAGGCCUAAUUCUUUAAAAUUUGUCUUGAUUCUGAUUAUAAACUGAAUAAAUUCAUCUUCCAUUUUCAUGUAUAUUAGGUAUUUCCUCCUAACUUCCGUGAACCUGGUCCACCACCAUUAGAAUUAUUUGAUUUAGACGAGCAAUUUUCUACAUCCAAAGCACGUUUAGCUCAGGUAACAAAUAAAUGUAAUGAGGACGACCUGGAAUAUUAUAUUCGUGAAUGCGGUGAUAUUUUAGGUGUAUCACAGAAAUUAUCAACAGACAAAAUGACAUCACGUAUUAUUUUAGAAGUUAUAUUUAAUGAAUUAGUAGAGUUUAAAAAGUUUAAUCAGGGACUUGAUGAAGCUGGUGACUGAUUGAUGACUGAGCACUGUAAAUCAUCAUUAUCAUCCUUAUCAAUGGAAUAAACGUCAGCAUUUUAUUACAAAUUUUCAUAAAAUUAAGAUGAAUUGGAUAAACAUGUAUUUAUAUUCAUACUACUAUCCAUGUAACUCUAUAAUCAUAAUUAGACUUUUGUUUUAAUAUUUGAAUUAUCCGCCUGGAACAGAGAUAGGCAGUUCCCUCAGAAGACUCCUCCUCCUUUGUAAACAAUUAAUUCAGAGGUUGUUCUUAGGGAGUGGAGCAAUAUCAUGACUUGUAGUCCCGUAGUGCUUGGUAACCGGUGUGGGUACUCAGUUCAUCGAUCUAGCAAAAAUCAGUUUAUCAAAAUAUGAAAAUUUGUGCCUACACUCAAUUUAUCAAAUGUAGGUCAUUUGUUGUAAUGCCGCAAAGCCUACUGGUUAAAAUAAUCAAGAGUAGUGAAAAACCGAAGAUGAGCAAUCUUUAGCAAUAGAACUGUUGAGUAUGACACGACCUUAUCGGUUACCAAUACAAAUAGUUUGCUGAUGAUAUGAUCUGUUGUUCUAUUUAUUUACAUUAUACUAUCGUCUGACUAGGAAAACCAUGAAAAUAUAAGCUAUAUUGUGUAAGAGUCUGUUUUGGUUAAAUAAAGUACAUUUACGACCAAUGUGCGUUUUUGAUCAGUCG